GCCUCCCAUUGCUGCUGCCAGGCCCGUAAUCUGCCAUGGGCCCCUGUACCACCUCCUCAUGCUGCUGCCAGGCCCAUAAUCUGCCAUGGGCCCCUGUACCGCCUCCUAAUGCUGCUGCCAGGUCCAGAGUGUGUCAUGGGUCCCUGUACGGCCUCCCAUUGCUGCUGUCUCCAUCGCCACAUUCUGCCAUGUGCCACUUUCAGAUCUCCUCACACUGCUGGUGGGUUCCAUUUUUGUCAUAGGGUUCUGUAUGGCCUCCCAUUGCUGCUACCUCCACCGCCGCACUGUGGCUCCACACUCUGGUUUUGGCCCCGUGACUGCCCAAAAGUCUUUAUUGUACAUUUAAAAAGCUAUGUUUCACAUUACACUUCUGACCUCUUCUCAACAUAUUCUGAUUCU